AAAGUUGUGUGUGCUUGUAUUGUUGUUUAUUUUUCAAUACUUACAUUGAACAUUGUAAUUUCCAAAAACCAUUAAAUUCUUUAGACAAGCACCCUACAAUAAGAAUUUAUUUUCACAAUUACGUAGUUAUUGUUAUUUAACAUUUCGUAUUUAGAUUUGUCUGAAUGUGCCAGUAAAGUGUUCAAGACUUUAUUAGGGCUGAAGAUGUGAUAAUUUAACGAAUUUGGCGAUCUGCCAUUCUCUGGUUUAAUGUUUAAGAGCAAAAUGAUUUGGUUAUCAUUUAUUGUGUGGUUUGUAGUAGUAGGAAAGUCGAUAGGAUUCUGUCCAUCAUUAUGUUCAUGCAAAGAUACCAAAGUGGGUGCUGGUGAACCUCAACCUGAAGAGCCCUUAAAGUUAAGAUGUGGAGGGAGUCCAACACAAAUCACUGAACUGAAAGAAAUAGAUCUUAGCAAAGUAUUGGCAGUUGUUGUCAGCUUAAACUUAUCAGGCAAUGCAAUUACAACUCUCUCUCGAGAACUUAAUUUACCAAAGUUACAAAAACUAGACUUAAGUAAAAAUCAAGUUAAUUUGAUAGAAUCUGAUGCAUUCUACAACAUGACAUCAAUACAAAGACUGGAUUUAUCACACAAUCAAAUAAAUAAUGUCUAUAAAGAAAUGUUUAAGGGUCUCAUUAACUUGGAACGAUUGAAUUUAUCACAUAAUUAUAUCUCUGUGCUUAACACAGGCACAUUUGACUAUCUUGUUGGUUUAAAACAAAUUGACAUCACAGAAAAUCCAUUGAUCUGUGAUUGUAACCUUUUAUGGUUUGGGGACUGGUUAAGGAAUACAAGUGUAAGGCCAGUGGGUGGCCCCAAAUGUGCAUUUCCUGAAAAUAUGGCUGACAAGCCAGUCAAAAAACUGAAAAUCUUUCUCGAUCUUUCUGCAUGCGGUAGUGUCUUACCGGCAAAUAAUCUAAUUGUUAGACCAUCCCAUGAUCAAGUGGUGUUUGAGGGUGAUACACUAAGUUUGACAUGUAAUGCACCAUUUGCAUCUGUUAUUGCAAAAUAUGAGUUAAACUGGGUGCAUUCUAUGCAAGAAUGCUGUGCUGACGUGAACAUAACAAGUACAGAUAUGCAAGAAGAAGGAUUGGCGGAAACAACAGUAUUUUUUCCAUGUGUUUCAAACCACCAUGCUGGGAAUUGGACAUGUUCAUACUGUGAUCAGAAUCAUAUUAAGCAUAACUAUACAGUUCAGCUCAUUGUGUUAUCAAAUUAUACACAAUACUGUCCUACAGAUAGUACAACAGGGAACAAAGGACUGUAUUCUUGGCCCCAGCUGUUAUUGAACCAUACAGCAUCUGUACCUUGCCAGAGUGGUGACGGAUUAGCAUAUAGACAUUGCUAUGCAAAUGUCACAUGGGGUCAUGCUAAUACAACUGAAUGUUCCUACAUAAGUAAUAUAACCAAGUUGUUGCAGCAAUUUGCCUUAUUAAAUGUUAGUUUGGUACAAUUUUCUGCAAUAAAUGCUACUGAAAGACUGGCCAUGUUGAUUGAAGAGAAGACAUAUCCUUUAGCAGAAAUUUCAGAUGCAGAUGAUGUUAUGUUUAUUGCCGCUGCUAUUAGAAAUUAUAUGCAGUUUAUAGGAGAAGAGAAGGAUUUAGGUUCAGCAUUACUGGAAGUGAUAGAAGCGGCUAUGAAUAUAUCAACUCCUGUGAUGUCCCAAGCGGAAGUCACACAUGGUGCCUGCACUGACAUGGUGAGAGCUGCUGAAGAAAUAUCGACACAUACAGACAAUGUACAAGGACACAAGAAAAAGAUGGCGGUGGAGCGUUUUCCCGCCCGUGAAGGUUUUAGUGGAGUGACGUGUGUGUGGUACAGCGGUAUGACAGACAGGAGGCUUCAUUGCUCUACAACUAAUAGGACUGUGGCGCCAUUACUCACCGUGACAGAUGCACUUAUACACGCUAGUGUGCAGAUCCCCCAAUCACUCCUGUACAGCACGACAGAUUCGGGUGUACUUUUGCAAAGUCAACCCCAAGAACUUGUAGUAUCUUUCUACGAGGAUGCCUCCUUAUUCCCGCUACUUCCGAGUAUGGAUGAAGGAAACAUCAGGGGUCACAGGUCAAAGGACUAUUAUGGCCGAAGUACUAAACGCGAGGAUAUGAAUAUGGAAAUUACAUCACCGGUUGUUGGAUUUCAACUGGAUAAGGUGUCUAUCCGAGGUGAACUUCUAGAGCCUAUAAUAAUAACUGUACGUCUAUCGUGUGGUGGUGGCGUUGAAGCUCGCGCUGCUGUAUGGGAACACACCACGAGGCGAUGGACUGAUAAUACUACCGAUUGUCGGAUAUCGCACGUUGUAUCAGAAAUGAUAAUCAUCAGUUGUAAUCGCUUAGCGUACGUUGGUUUGCUACAAAAUGUCGAAACGGGCAUAUACGGGGCUAGGACCGACGGGGCUCGGUUCAAAGUCUCUCAUCCCGCUGUAUACGUCGGGAGCCUCAUUCUCAUUGGCUGCGUCAGCUGUGCCACACUCACGUAUAUAAUGUGUCACGCCAGCAUACAGAUGCCCAAAAAGUCUAAACACGCGCUAAUAAACACCUGGAUUUCUAUCGGGUUGCUAUGUUUCUUGUACACUUUAGGCAUCUACCAGACGGAGGACGUCAAGCUUUGCCAGAUUUUGGGCCUCUUGAUCCAUUAUCUAUCGUUGUGCUGUCUUCUUUGGAUGUGUGUGUCGGCUAGUAACAUGUACAAGUGGGUGACGAAGACCCACGGCCCGGUCAGGACUCCGGAAGACGAAUUACCACCGGAUAUACCGGUGCAAAAGCCGAUUUUAGGACUGUAUUUAGUCGGAUGGGGCAUAGCGUUGAUUGUGUGUGGAAUAUCUGGGGCAGUCAAUUUGAAGGAUUAUGCUGGAUAUUCUCAAUGUUUCUUGAGCACCGCACCGGCGUUGAGCGCUCUAUUCAUACCGGGAGUGAUUUUACUCAUGAUAUUGUCCAUUCUAUUUCUUCUCAUACGAUGCACUAUUAGGAACACGAAUGUUCAGUUGUCGGAAGGCACUCAGGCCACAGAGAAUGUCGAUUUAGAAAUGUGGGACCCAAAUCAGGCGAACGAGGCGGAUAGGCGAAGUAUCAAAUCGGGCGUCGAUUCCGAGACAGAAGAUGUGGAACAUACACCCAUAAUACAGUUGCGGGCUCAAGUCAUUGUGCUGUGCCUAUAUAUUGCAGUAUGGACGUGUGGCGGAGUUGCUGUGUAUAGGCCGUUGCCAGCAUAUUUACCUUACCAGGAGGACAUUUGCAGUAUAGUUUACGCUGUUUGCGCUACCAUUUUAGGAACGUUUAUUCUAUUCUUCUACGGCAUAGCUCGCAGUGACGUCAGAGCGCAGUGGUCGCUUAUGCAUUGCUACCUGCAGUCGAGUAAACAGUGCUGCAGGAAUAGAAGCGUGUUUGAUGCAAAUCAGAGAAAUAUAUCUGCGAAUCCUAACAAUGCUCAGGUUACCCAAAUAUCAGGCGAUAAUAGAUCCAGAUCGGGCAGCAGAAGCUCUAACCGAACAAACUCCAAAACAAACAACAGUGGCACCUUCAAGGCUGGCGCGGAACUCAAUGGGCAGACUCUACAAAAAGAUUCCUCUAAAAAUAUAAACGGAAAAGCUCCGAAUAUCAAUCUUGUCGUCUUACACAGACAGCAGUACAGAUCUAACAAUUCUAUGAUGACGUACCCAGAUAGUAGCAACUUCAUCCCUGAGAUGUUUUAUAAUCCGAAUCAGAUCAAUGUCGCAAAGAAGUUCUUUAAGAAACAAAGACAACAUAUGAAGAGGAAUUGCUUAGAAUUACCCAUAAAAAGAAAUUACGAUGAAGAUUCGCAUAUUUCCUUGCCAUUACCCUCGAAGGACGCGUAUAGUGGUCUUACUAAUAUGAUGAAGUCGGGAACAAAACUUAAUAAUACAAAUCUUCAUGUAGACAAACCUAAUGGAACCAAAGACAUACGAAAUGCAAUGAAUCCUAACUUGUUGGAGCAGGAGUCAAAAGAUUUGAAAAAUUAUUCAACAGUAAACAAACCUUGGAAUAGAAACGAUGAUCCGAAGUCAGGAAGAGAUCAAAUAAUGAAUAUUUACACGAAUGUGCCAGAAACUCAAGUGCCUCAGCAUCAAGUUGUGAAGUCUAAUGUACAAAAACCAUUAAAUGGACAAAGAAAUAGUGUGUCAGAGGAAUGUCUCCAAAGUCACGCCAGCGAGCAACCCGAGAUGCGUACAAUAUCGCAGCAAUGUAGCUUGGAGUAUAGUUCAGCAUCGGAAAUGGCGAUGCCGCACACCUGCUCUGACCAAACCAUCAAUACACACUCAGAAAUGACCUCUCUCCAAGAAACUCACAGUGCCUUAUGCUCUACAAAUGAAAUAACCGACACAGAAAGCUUCGGACAAUAUAUUGAUUAUUUACAGCCGGCAAAGAAUCAAGAUAAUAAAGAAGGCCUGGACAAAUCAUUGCAGGAUAUAUCUGAAGAGUGUACGAUGAAUAGUGAUGAAAUAAAUCGCUCCAGUACACCGCAAACUCUAGACGCGAUUGGAGAGAUGGACAAUUUACUUCAACAUCCAGACAACGAUCUCAACGGGUCCAAAGAGAAACUCGAAGAUGGCGGCAAAGAAGAAUAUUUUAUGGCGAAAAACACGUAUGACUUUGAGACAUGCAGCACCAAUGCAAGUGAGCAAGGGUUUGAGAAUGAGAGUGAUAUAUACUGUCCGAACUAUCAAGUGUCGGAAGUGAGUAUACGCAGUCAUGGUCUAUACGCACCGUCGCCGUCGUCCAUGUGCCCCAACGAGAUCAGCUUUAGUAACGAAGACGUGUCUACGAUGGAAAAUCAGUACGUGAACUACGACCCAGGCUGGCGUAGAACGAUAAAGAACAAUCCAAAGUUGGGCAAAUACGUUCCAACGCCCGCGCUUAGUUGUCCAGAAGUCAAUCGGGAGAGCCCUGUGUCGUUUUCCAGUGAUUUAGAUGAACUUUACACGCAGAUUACUAGUAGGGACAAAGAGAGGGUGGCGAGGAAGGAGCAACUCGAUGUGACAGUUAACAGUGACGUGACACUUAAACCUGACAGUGACAGUUGCGUUAGCGAAGCGGUGUCAGAUGUCGAGUGUCGAAAAGGGGAGACUACUGUGUAAUUUUUCCUUGAUGCAUUCGGGAUUGUCUUAAAGCACAAUUUUUAGGUACCAUUAAGAUUGUAAGUUUUUAUAUUCCUUUAAUAUGGAAUUAAUUGGAAUAAUUUAUUUCAACGGAUUGAAACUCACUGCCAGUAAUGAUUAUGUAAGUCUUUGGAAUGUUCUUUUGUAGCUGUAAUAUUGUAUAGUUUUGUGCCAUUUUGUUUGUAAAAUAUAGCUUUAAGAUGUAAUUUAUGUAAAUCUUUAUAAAUGUGUGACUUAAAAGUUAUCAUAGAAAUUUCUAGUUAAGGGAGUGUUCAAAUAUUACGUAUGUUUUGUACUCAGCAGUAAAACGUUUCGAUACCACCCAGUGUCUCAUUAAACUAAAAGUUGCCAUUUAUACGGUGUAAAGUAUAUUAAUAAUAAUGCAUAAUUCAAUCCCAGCCUCGCAUCGUAAUGUUUUACUCCAAAAAUUCGUUCGUUCGUACGUAAUAGUUGAACGCUCUCUAAUAUGGUCUCGCUCUUAAACGAGUUAUAAGUUACGUAAUGUUUUGUCCUUAUCACUCAUAUUAAACAUACGAGAGAGGAUACAUGAAUUAUUUGACAGCUAUUAUAGUGGGCAGCUUAUACUUUUAAUUACAACUGUAUCUACUUAAUUGUAUUUUAUGUGCCAAAUUUAUCGGACUGAAUUUUAUCUGAUAUAAGUGUACGCCUUAAUACUAGUCUUUUUUGAUGAAAAUUUCUUUUAGUCUUCCAACACUUCGAAAAUGUUUUUAUUAAUCAUCAUUAUUAAAAUCAGUUUAAAUAAUUUUUAGUCUCUAUUAAGAGACUGAACAAUCUAAAAAUAUGUAUUGACUGAUCUCAAUUUAUUUAUUUCGAAAAUAUUAGUUCUUGUAACAUAAAAUCUAGGUUCGUGUACGAACAUAAAUUUCAAGAUGUGUCAAGCAUUUUCUCUGAUAUAAUAUUCGUUGACAGUACGGUAAGAUUCGUAGAUUUGUAUAGUGUUUAUAAGAGAUGUUAUACAUUGUAUGUUAAUAGUUAUUCUAACAUGUCACCUUCUUAGCUUAAACGAUGCUUAUAGUCGACGCAUUAUGAACUGAGAUUCGGGGCAUAAAUUAUAUUCUGCUGUCUCACUCGUCCACAGAUCUUAUGGAGAUGUGUGAUUUGCGUAAAAAUUGUUGAGGUGCAUAUCGGUAACGGGAUACUAAUUGAUAUGCGAAUCGACUCGAUCAGCUAUAUCCUUCUUUUCCAUGAAAUACUCUCGUCAAUCGGCAUUUUUUUAAACUUCUUAAAAUAAUUCUCCUUGAAGAAUAUUCGCACUUCAAAUUAGACUUCUGCUCUUGGUAUUUUUCUGGAAUUACAGUCAAUGAUUGAUAUUCCCUGUUGUCAUAAAAUGAAUCAAUGGUACGUGCGCAGAUGGCUAAGUAUCAAUAGCGCGUUGCGUCUACUGUCAGAAACAUUCGUUGAACGACGACUCAGUUUAAAAUGCGUCGUAUUAACAUUUUGUAUGGGAAAGUCAGCGCUAUUAGGAACUAAAUCCCGGAAUCCCGCGUUUGAUAAGUAAACUGUAUGUAAAGACAACGCUGUGUUGCCACACCACCUUAUAUACUAUUGAAUAUAUGGAAAGUUUUCGAUGUGCGAGUAGACGAAUACUAUCGCAUUUAUAGUAUAAUUCGAAACGUUUGCAGAAAGCCUUGUUCAGCUGUUCACGCAUUAACAAGUCAACUGUAACUCGAUAUGUUAAGGGGUAAUUAAGUUUUAAAACUCAUGGAUAUCUGUGAUAGUAUUCGCUUUUUCGAUUAUUAUUAUUGUAUUGCACUGUAUAAAUGAACGCUUGGCUUGUACUACAAAUCUACGUACCUAAUGUAUGGAGCUAUUUUGUUGGUCAGGGGCCAGCAUCAUUCAAUGUUGAAUUUGUCUAUCUUAAAUCAAUGAAAAGAAUUGAAAUAACGUUUAAAAUGGAAUGUGACACGCCUAAACGCAUGUGUAGUACUGUUUUUCUAUAAAUAUUAACAUUUUGUGAAUAUUUAAUAUAUGGAUAGAAAAUUUAUAAACAGUUAGCUUUUUGUGGGCAUAUUGCAUAAUAAAAAGCAUUUGCACUUAA